AUUCAAAACCGUGGAAAACCCGCUCUCCAUCUCCGAUUGGUGUAAGCAUAAAACACCAGUUCAAUUGAAUUUCACAAAUCUGAGUGACAGUUCAGCGGAACUCACAGAACUUCAAUCAAGGAGGGCAUUCUUCCAACCUUGGCUUUCAUGGGUAAAUUGAACUCUCAGAACCAUAAAUCCCUCCAAAACGGUAGAGUUAGAGAACUUAAGAUUUACGAAGAGACAGAUAAGAUAAAAAUUCAAAGCCGUGAUUCUCUCAGCAGUCGGUGCAAGGGAAAGUCUGGUGCGCUUAACAUGAGUGAUGUGCAGACCAGUCGGAAGAGCUCGAAGAGUGAUAUCAAGAACAUAGAGAAGAUAAAAGAAAAAUGCAGCACGUCUGUUAAGAUAUUUGUCAAAAGAAAAGUAUUGACUGAUAUCAGCAAUAUCAGGGGCAGCUCUUUGAGAACCAAAUCAUAUAAUAGUUCCAAACUGGUGGACUCAAAUGGUAAAUGUUCAAGAAUAGCAAACAAUUCAUCAAGAAAAUUUAUCAUGGGAAAUGUGAGGACAAACUUGAAUGGAGCUACUGGUGACGAGGAAAUCUUGACACGGGCACCAUUCAAAGAUACGAAAGCCUCUUUUGAUGGACCUAUGUCCAAAAUUCAAUGCCGUAAAUCAGUUACCUCUGGAAUCAGGCCAACUAGAAGGAAUGCUUUACCGCCAUCAAGGAGGUCUUUACCAAUACUACAACGAGUGAACGAGGAUACAAACAAUAAAGAGAAGGGAAACUUGAGGCCAAACCUGAGUGGAGCUACUGGUGACAAGCAAAUCUUGACACAGGCACCAUUCAAAGCUAUGAAAGCCCCAUUUGAUGGGCCAAACACCAAAACCCAAGGCCGUAAGUCAGUUACCAUUGGAAUCAGGACAACUGGAAGGAAUGCUCCACCGUCAUCAAGGAGAUCUUUACCAGUACUAGAGCAGGUGAAUGCCAAGGGUACACACAAUAAAGCGAAGGAAAAUUCCAAAGAGUUGGAGAAAGGCAAGGGAAUAAGUGGUGUUCCAGUUUCAGCAAAGCUUAAGGCUGCAGGGGAUGUUUUACCACAGCUGAGCAACCACAACAACAUCCGGAGAAAUCGAGUUAGUGUUGCCUCGGCAAGAAUGGCUCCCAAGGGUCAUGCUACAACGGAAAUUGGAGCAUUAAGAAAAAAAUCAGUCAAGACAGUUCUGAAAAUUACUGCCAGCCGUCUCAGUUCACAAACAUUUUCAAAGUCAAACUCCAUGUCAGGUGUUCACAAAUGCACCUCUCGAGUUUCAAUUCCAAAUAAAAGGCUGGAGGACGUUACUACCUCUUCCCUGUCAAAAUAUGCAACAUCAGAUAUUUCAGCUGAGCAACCUCAUCAAAAGGAAGUUGCUUCUAGUAGUAAUGGCAGCUUAGGUAUACCUGAAUGUUCAAUUGCCAGGAGAAAAUCUGAUCGUAGGAAGUCUUUUACGUGUUUACUGAUGGCAAGGUCAAAGCUUCUCAAGGAGCAAUGUGGAAGCGUAAAGCUGGAAAAUUUGUCAAAUAUUUAUGAUAAUUGCAAUCAUCUUGAAGUUACUGAAUAUGUUUAUGACAUCUAUCAGUAUUAUUGGGUUAUAGAGGCUCAGAAUCAGCCUAUCAAAAACUACAUGGAGAUUCAGAAGGAAAUAACACCCCAAAUGCGUGGCGUAUUGAUCAACUGGCUUAUUGAAGUGCAUUUGAAAUUUGAUUUGAUGCAAGAAGCUCUAUUUCUAAUGGUUACACUCCUGGACUACUACUUAUCACUAGCGAGGGUCAAGAAGAGUGAUCUGCAGCUAGUUGGCCUAACUUCACUGUUUUUGGCAUCAAAAUAUGAAGACCUUUGGCAUCCCAGGAUCAUGGACUUGCUAAGCAUCUCUGGAGAGUCAUAUACUAGAGAUCAAUUGCUGGAAAUGGAGAAGGAUAUCUUAAGGAAAUUGAAGUUUCGCCUUAAUGCAGCAACUCCUUAUGUCUUCAUGCUCAGGCUUCUUAAGGCUGCUCAAGCAGACACAAGGUUUGAACAUUUGGCCUUUUACCUCAUCGAGUUGUGCUUGGUUGAAUACGAGGCUUUGAACUACAAGCCAUCUAUGCUUUGUGCAUCAGCUAUUUAUGUGGCAAGAUGUACAAUGCAAAUGAUGCCAACCUGGACACCACUACUGGAAGUGCAUGCACGUUAUCAAGAAUCCCAACUCAGAGAGUGUGCGGAAAUGAUCUUGCGGUUUCACAAAGCUGCAACAACAGCCCUUCUGAAAGUCACGCAUGAGAAAUAUAUGUGUUCCAGCAACAGCAAAGUUGCAUCAAUAAGACCUUUAGAGAGUCUCCCUUAAGACUAUGAAUUGUAGGGACAUUUCUUUGAAGCCUAAGCUGCAAAUGAAUUGUUGAGACGUGAGUUGAAAAGAACAGAUUGAUUGCUUAUGCUAUCCCUCUGUUAUAUCUGCUGGUUUUAAUAGUGCAAGUACAUUUCUUUCUGAUUUUAUUUUUUUAAAAUAAUAGAUCUUCAGCUUAUGCAAUCCUUCCGUUCAGUUCGACCAAGUGAAAAGCACACGUUUACAUGGAAGAGCAUUAAGUAUUCAUUUGCCACAAUUUUGUGAGAUAGUGGUAGCCUAUUUGCUCGACUUGCGUGAUUUCAAUACGACAACAUUGUACUCAAGUGCAGAAAUGUUAUAGGAAUAAUUGAAAUCACUAAGUACUUCAUCUUUGUGGUAGAGCUGGUCAUCCUCACCCAUAAAAGUGCAAAACCAAGAAAGUUCUGAAGCAGGAGAUUGUGCUAUUUCAAGAUAUUUCUUUGUAAUUGAGAUGAAUGUAGGCGUAAUUUUUACUAUUGAAGAAAACGGUGAAGGUCCCAUUCAGUCUGCCAUUUCAUCUAUUGUUUGGAUUUUUAAAGAUCGCUCACAAAUGAAUUUUGGGAGUUGUGAAUUUUUUGAUAAAUUGAUAAUUGAGAUUUUAUUGGAAAUAUCUUUUUGGAAGUUGUGA